GUUCCCUAAGAGCAGCAGAACAAUAGUACAUGUAGAGCACGAAUAUUUCGACAGUCUGCCUAUUGUCAUCCCUUUUCCCAACUUCACAAGGCUCAUUCUUAUUCGUUCUCUGCUCUCUCACUCUCACUCUCUUCAGGUCCUCCCUCCUCUCCCGAGCGCUGGACCUCCGCCUCAAAGCUUCGCGAUCGGUCGACCCCCCCUCAACACCGCCAAAACGGCUUCCAACACAGAGAACGGCGGCGCCCAGGCCGCGGGUGCUGGACUUCCGCCCAGGUCCCCCCUUCCUUCGGCGGGGUUGAGCAGCGGCAGCGGCAGCGCGGCGUCGUCGCCAGCCUCGUCGAGGUUCCCCAGGCCCGUGAUGCAGUCCAUGUCGAGUUUGCCCGACACGCGACAGCAGUCGUUUGACGAAAUCUACGGGCCACCCGAGAACUUUUUGGAGAUUGAGGUCCGUAACCCGCGCACGCACGGCAUCGGCCGCCACAUGUACACCGACUACGAGAUCGUCUGUCGCACCAACAUUCCCGCCUUCAAGCUGCGACAGUCAACCGUUCGCCGCCGAUACUCGGACUUUGAAUAUUUCCGCGACAUUCUGGAGCGAGAGAGCGCCCGCGUCAACAUCCCCCCGCUGCCUGGCAAGGUGUUCACCAACCGCUUCAGCGACGACGUCAUCGAGGGCAGGAGGCAGGGGUUGGAGAAGUUCCUCAAGAUUGUGGUCGGACACCCACUGCUGCAGACGGGAAGCAAGGUGCUGGCGACUUUUGUGCAAGAUCCGAACUGGGACCGUAACGCGUGGUGACCUCCAUGGACAUUCGUUCGUUUGUUUGCAGGGUCCCUCUCCAGUUCGUCCUCCCUUUCUGCUGCCUGGCACCAUCACCACCACCACCACCACCACCACCACCAGCGUACCCAGCUUCAGCACCGAAAGCUGCGCAAGCGACCUCCCAAGGGAUGGGUGGAGACCGCAGCCCUGAACAAGCCUGCGAAUGUCGAGGGCGAAGAUCAACAGGACCUACCUUUCUAAUCACCAUGAUGAGGUUGAAUUUUCUUGCGAUAGUACUAUAGCGGACGUUUCGACAGAAGGGCAGGGGAAGGGAGCGUGCUUGUCGAGAGAGGGGGCUCUCCGCCAAAAGUGAAGAAAACGGGGGUUACAAGAUUGGAUUUAUCUCGUGACUGUUGCUUUCUCUUUUUUCUUCGUCUCUCUUCUGUUUUUUGGUGUACUCCCAUUGUUCUACUGCAAAUACCACAUUAUUGCCAUGCUGGCAGAUCCUCAGCUCUAGGUAAGGGCGGUGAUGUUUGUCAUUGAAGAAAUAUCCCCUGACAGCUUUUGAUGUAUUGUUCCAUACCUCCAAUUAUAUGUAUAUGUUCAUG